AUCACUGCACAGAACAAGUCGCAGAAUGUACUACACACACCAUAACCUAGCUAAUUAUUUUUGAAUAAAAAUAAACAAAUUGGAAGUUAUUCUAUUAAGAAUGAGAUAUGGCUUUAUCAACUGAAGAUUUCAAAGCAUGGUUAUCAAAAACCUUAACUGAUUUGAAUACCGAUGAAAGUGUAUUUGGAUCUUACAUCAUAAGUAUAUUAGACAGUGACGAAUCAGUGGAAGAAAAAUCAGAAGCUUUACAAGAUUUAUUAACAGAAAUCGUAGAAAAUGCUGCAAAUUUAAAUGAAAUAAAAAAUGAAAUAUUGGAAAAAUGGAGUUUAUAUUCCAAAGUUGAAGAAGUCCAAAAUACCACAUCUAUUGAUGUAGAUGAUAAAUUAGCUAAACUUCUAGAAUCUCGAUGUGUAGCUACAACUAAGACAAAAGAAUAUACAGCUGAGGAAAAGAAAAUUAAGGAAGCAAUUCUAUUACAGUAUGGUCAAAUGAGUGAUGAAGAAGAGGAUAUAAAUGUGCCUCUACAAACUUCUAGUGAUACUAAAGAAAAUUUACAGAAAAAUACCAAUGCUCAAACAGUGAUUCAUGCUGAAAAAUUGAAGAGGGAACAAGCAAAAAUGGAUAGCCAAAAAAAAAAGGAGAAAGAUAGAGAAGACAGGGAGAAACAAAAACAACUCAAAGAAGAGAAGAAGGAAAAAAGAAAAACACAAAAAGGAGAAAGGCGAAGAUAGCUUGGUUUCAUCCAAAUUGAAUAAUUUAAAUUAUCUAUACUUCUAAUGGAAGCUAUAGGUGGAAACUAUGAGUUUUUGAUGCCAAAUGAAAAAUACUCUUCUGAUUGUAUUUAAUUGAUAAUAAAUAUAUAGAAAUACAUAAUAA